CCUUUCUGGACGUUACCGACUGUGACAUAUAAAAGCUGUUAGCUGCUCCUGUAGCCAGCAGCAUUCAAACCUUGCAGAGUUUUGCUCUCUGAGAGUUUGUAGUAAGACACACUCCUCUUACAAGGGUUCAUGCUACAACCUAGCAAAGAACUUUAAAUUUUUGGAAGAACAGUAUAUUCAUUUUGGCAUUGUGCAGAGACCCUAACUCUACUUUCUGCUUUAAAGCCAAGUACACUCGGUGGCCUCUCCUCCACCCCUCAAAAUGAUAGCCAUCUGUGGCCUCAGCAGUGCACUCCUGCUCUCCCUUCUCUGUGAAGCAAGUGCCCUCGCCUUACUCAAUUCCACUGACUCAUCUCCGCCAACCAAUAAUUUCACUGAGAUUGAAGCGGCUCUAAAAGCACAACUAGACUCUGCGGAUCUCCCCAAAGCCAGGCGGAAGCGCUACAUUUCGCAGAAUGACAUGAUCGCCAUUCUAGAUUAUCACAAUCAAAUACGGGGCAAAGUGUUCCCUCCGGCAGCAAACAUGGAAUACAUGGUUUGGGAUGAAAAUCUUGCAAAAUCAGCAGAGGCUUGGGCAGCUACUUGCAUUUGGGACCACGGACCUUCUUACUUACUGAGAUUUUUGGGCCAAAAUCUAUCUGUGCGCACUGGAAGAUAUCGCUCUAUUCUCCAAUUGGUCAAGCCAUGGUAUGAUGAAGUGAAAGAUUAUGCUUUUCCAUAUCCCCAAGACUGCAACCCCAGAUGUCCUAUGAGAUGUUUUGGCCCCAUGUGCACACAUUAUACCCAGAUGGUUUGGGCCACUUCCAAUAGGAUAGGAUGUGCAAUUCAGACUUGCCAAAACAUGAAUGUUUGGGGAUCUGUAUGGCGGCGGGCAGUUUACUUGGUUUGCAACUAUGCUCCCAAAGGCAAUUGGAUUGGAGAAGCACCAUAUAAAGUAGGGGUCCCAUGUUCGGCUUGCCCUCCAAGUUACGGGGGAUCUUGUACUGAUAAUCUUUGUUUUCCAGGAGUAACAUCAAACUACCUGUAUUGGUUUAAAUAAGGUUACUUUUUCCUCCAAGAAAUAUAGUGGUUUCUGGGCUGGGACUCACAAGCAUAUAAAUAUAUAUGUACAUAUAUAUUGAGUUUUGCACAUAUUAUACAUAUUUUAUGAUAAUCUUGUUUUCCUUUUAUUAUUCAUUGUGUAAAUGAAUAUUUGUCUAGUAUGUUUGUUAAUCAUUUGAAGUAAUCAGAUAGUACCCAUUUCUAUUUUCUGACCUCUAAGCCUGUUUAUGCAUUUUAUACGUAGUAUUGACAUAAUUGCUACAUACCAUUUCAAAACUUGCUUUUCAAAGAAAUUAAGUUGUCCCAAAGAGUGAAGUGUGUAUAUAUAUAUAUAUAUAUAUAUAUAUAUACACAUACACACAAACAUAUAAUAGAUGAUGUAACAUAGAUAACAUGGUUCAGUAGUUAACUUAAGGGAAAUUAAAAAAAAUACUCUAAAGUACAUGUGAGAUUGUGGGACAUCUUCAGCACCUAUUUCUAUAAUACCUCCAAAAUGGUAAGUUCUGAGAAAAACUCAGCAGUAUCUAUAUUCAUUGAUUAUGUAAACAUGGAUAUCAUUCUAGAGAUAUUUUGUCUUAUUUGGGUUUACCAAAGGAUACACUCAAUUUUUAUCAGUUUCAAAUAAUGCUGUUGCUUUAAUCUCCUUUUAUUAAAUCAGUAAUCAUCUGUUGAGUGCUUACUAUGUACAAGGCAAUCAGCCAACUAUAUUCUGAUAAUGCAAAGAAAAUGAGAUAUAAUGCCCACCUUCAAAUAGUUCACAAAAAUAUUCAAGAAAUAAUGUGCCCUAAUGACUUUGCUGUGAAUUUAUUAUUUUUUAAUCAGUGUUCAUCUCUAGAUGAAACAAGAGGCAAGUCAAACUAUGUAAAAACUUCUAAUUAGCAUGAAAAUAUAGUUACAGUACUUGGCACAGGAAGAGGAAGCGAAGAAUUAACAACUGCCUGGAGAUCCCUGGAUGAGUAGAAGUGACUUUUCAGGGCAGAAAGCAAGACCCUAAGAAAACUUAUAAGGCCCAUAAGAAGUGAGAUUUAAGAGACAGGUAUGAAAUGUUACAGAAAUAGCAAUAUUGCUCCCCUCCACAAAAACCAAAAACAAACAAACAAAAAACCCCAAAAGACUUGGAGAGCUACAGAACAGGGUAUCUUGAGGAACUGAUGUUUCUUAGGUCUGUCAGCAGGAGUUGAAUGAUGCCAGAAAGAAAUAUGUGAGAUGCCAAGGACACUCCGGCACUUCGUUGUGCCUGUAAUCAUUCAGUGAAAAUCAAUCUGAUCAUCUUGUGGUUUUGAGCAUCAGUAAAGAUCCUGCAUAUACGCCAGUUGUAACUUUGCUAAUGUAGCUCUCUCUUGACGAUGGUCUAAGGAUUAAUUAUCGAAUUUUACUUCUAUAUGUAGAAGAAUGAUAUUCAUUAAAUUUGAUUAUGAAUAUCAAUUCAAAGCCAGUAUGAUAAGGCCACUCAUGUGAUUCUGGAAAUGCAAUGAUUCCUCAUUCAGGAAAUCACUUUCACAGUGGAGAAUUGAACAUGUGAGUGAAGACACAUUGUGUGUGUGUUGUGUAUGUGUAAUUAAGGGUAUGUAAUGCUUCUCCACAGUUAUAGAACAAGUAAAUAUGGUUAGUUCCAGAGUACAAAUGACAAAAGGAGGUUACUAGUUUAAAAUUCCCCACACAUCUGCAGUUUCUUAGUAUGGAUGCACUGAAAGAUAACACAUCAUUAAUUAAAUCCAUUCAAUGAAGGAAAAUCCACCAUCUGGAGUUUAGGUUUACAUGAUGACAAACAAUUGGCCUGAUUCUUUUUACAAAUUGAAUAUGGUUCACAAAUGUUUUUAUAUCAUACUAGUCUGCUUUUGUAGGUGCAUAUGCAAACUUUAUUGAAAACAAAUAUUUUUGGAAAAUUAAACGGAGAGCAGAAAUAAUUAUAUGAUUCAUGGUUCCUAUCCAACACUUCUCUAAUAUAUCAGGACAAUUGGAAAGUAAUCUCUUAUAAUGAGAUAGCUGCUUGAUUGAUUUAGAAAAUAUUUCCAUACUCACUUUUGCUAUUCCAAUUCUGUAGUAGCAGCAAAAGUACUAUUAAACCACAGAUUAUUAUUCUCAAUUUCAGUUAUACUAUUGGUUUACUUAUGUGGCUUAGUUUCUCAGUUCUGAAGAAAAGUAAUGAUAUUUGCUACAGCUUCCACAGAGGUUCUUAUCAAGGUAAAAUUGACAUGUAAACAUAAAUUUAUGAAUAUUAAGAUUAUUAUCAAUGUUGCUAACUUUUAUUUAAGAUAAAAUUAAGUUUUUCAUGAGCUACUUUUUGGUGGAAAUUAUGUCUAAUUCUUCUUUGUAUUUAUCUCAGCUUUUUAUGUAGCUGUUACAUAAUGAAUGUUUAUAUAAAUGCAUUUUUUAAUUAACUAAAAAGCCUAGAAUUGCAACAGGUUGGAGAAAUUUCAUGUCUCCAUGACUUAUUACGACAAAAAAUAUCUGAUUUACCAGGUUUCAAAUGCAUCAAAAGUCGAGAUAAAUCAUCAAACAUAACAGACUAAGAUGAGGGCCUACACACUUAUAAUUUACUUGACAGUACUUUCCAAAUUACAAGAUACAUUUAUUUAUAAGCAACUCAGCUGAAAGACAACAGGUAUAUAUUUUUUAAAUUCUAUCUGUGAUUUUUAAAGUUGUUAAUAUAAAAUGGCCAUGUGAAGUGUUAUAAUUUCCAGCUAAAGCCAAUAACAGUUGGCCGGUAUCAGGAAUGUGUCUUCACAGCUUGCAACAACGGUGCUAAAAGAGCUGUUCCUCACUGUAAUGCACAGAAGUAGAAAGGGUCUGGAUAUAAGUUAUUAUUUUGAAAAAAUGGCUUUAAAUAGUCAGCACUAAGGUUUUCAUUUUAAAAAGCUUCAGUCAGAAUAGUAAUUAGCAUCCUUAUAGCAUUGAUCCCCUCUAUACUAUAGUCUUUCACAUCAGACUAUAUUCAGAAAAAAAUUCAAUUGUGAUUCAAUACAGAUUUCUUUGGCUGCAAAAGACUGGAAAAAUUAUGAUUCUUAGCUGUUAAAUGAAUUUCUUUAUAGAGUUGUGAAGACACAGUCUUAAUGUUCCUGGUUAUGACAGAUAAGCCUGCUCUAAAAUGUGGUAAAAAGAUAGUUAUUAUUGUCAUCUUUGCUUCUGUUCAGUAGUCUAAGCAUCAUUACUUCUGUGGUCCAUCCAACUGACAUAUCGAAUUUAGUUGACAGUGAUAUAAUGUUCAUCUAAAACCUUCCUGGAAACAUUCGUUCAGCUUUAGCAGAGUUGGCCAAAUAGUAAGGCAAGUUGAACCAAUACAACUUACUCAGAAUAUUUGAAUUAAAACAUUCUUCUCAGUAACACAUGCUUAUGUUAAAUAAACUUACAAGAUCUACACAAGCAAAUCCAAUACACAUUUAGGCCAGUUUAAGUGUUUUAUGUUCAUACCCUGUAAAUUAACUUAAUGCACAAGACUGAACAAGAUGAAUAGAUAAUUUGAAUGUGUCCAUGAAGAAAAGUGGCACUAAGUCUUCAGUCCCGUUCUCCCCCUGUAUAAUACUUGCCCUAGGUUCCAAAUAUCACAGGAUGCAAAUCUUGACAUGGAUGAAAGACUUUAUCUACUAAGGUAUUUAAAUUAAACUUAGAUUUCUAUCAAUGUCUAAUAUCUUUGUUAGAUAUAUAUGUAUUUUUUGUGUUGUCCCUAUAUGUGUGGGAGAAGUAAUAUUUAAACAUAUGCAAAAUUAUUUUUAAAAAUUAUACCAUGCUCCCACUUUGACUAAUGACAAGUCAAUCAAAACAUUCUAUUUAAAAAUUCAUGUUUAAUGGUGCUGAAAAUUCGUUACAACCACCAUAUCCUCAUUAAAACUUUGAGGUUUCUUUGCAAUUAUGGUUUACUAUCAAUAUAUAUUCUGGUGCUAACUAUAUGGUGCUAAAUGAAUUGCUAGUGAUAACAGCUUUGUAAUGCUCUUUUUAUUGUUUGUUAAACAUGAUAGACAUUUAAUUCCUGAUUCAGAAAUGAGUAAAAUCCUGUUAAAUUGUAACCAAAAAUAGACCAAUGAAUUCCAUUUUUUUUCUAAGAGUCAAGCAUAGAUUAUGUGUUAUCAUGAAAAUAUAUUUCUUUGGAAAUUAUUAAUUUUCUUUCUUAAGACAUUUUUUAGCUUGACAAUGUCCAACUUCAUGUAUCACCAAAAGGUUAGAUUACGCCUACAUUAGCCAAGGUGCAGGCACUGGCGCCCUCUGGUGGCUAUGAAAACAAAGUUUUUCUUGACUACUUGAAUUCAGUACAAGUUUUAAGUUGUCAAUUCAUAGGAUUUUUGACAGCAUUUAAAAAUGUUUGCAGCUAGUAACAUUAUUUUCUGAGGAUAAGAGAGAAAUAAUAUAUUUUGGCAUGCACUUCCCGAAAUAAUAAUGUUUACUCAUGUUUUUCCAGUUCUGAGGUGCUAAACUGGGUUUUUUCUUAAAGUAGGUAUGACUAAGAUAAAUAAAAUACAUUUGUAUAAUUUAUAUAAGUUUUUAAUUUGGUUUACAUCAUAAUGAAAUUAGGACUAUAAUUAGCAACAGAAUUAUGAAAGUCUCACUUUCAGAAGUGAUUAUUUCUAUGUAACAUAGUAUAUAAGAUAAACAGGAGAUAUAUUGCAAUAAUUGAUUCCCAAUAUAAAAUGAUUACCUCUCCACCUUUACUUGUUGGUGUAAAUUAGAUAAUGUUCUUUGAGAACACGAGUAAGCUAAUGAUAAUAUUUUACUAUUUAAUUCAAAGUUCUUCUAGACAAAUACAUACACAUCAAAACAUAAUUAUAUUAUCUGUAAUUAAUGAAGGCAAUGUUCCUAGGUACUUUCAGUUGAGAUAUAAAUGCACUGAAUGUGUUCAUCUAAUUUAAUAGAGAUAUUUCUUAAACUAUAUUUGUAUAACCAAGUGAAAUAUGCUUUGAAGCAUUCUUUCACAUUAGUAUUUUCAAACUUAUUUUAAAAAUCAAUAGAAACCCUUCUGUGAUUUUAAUCAUAGGCGAAGCUCCAAUAUAUAAUACACAUAAAAUGAACCUAAUAUUUCUAAGCUUUCCCCAGUCUGUCAAGUUUCUUUCUGAGAAUCCCAGAAUUCCAGAAAACAGAAAAACAUUGAUCUAAGUCAUCUAGUUUCCCCCAUUUUCUCUAAAACAAUCAACUAAUUAAAAGUAAAAACAAAAUCAACCCCUAAAUUAUUUCAAUGGUCUUUUGAAUAUCCACCACAUUUUGCAUGUGUUAGAAGCCUCUGUUUGAGGCUUAAAUUCAGAUGCUGAAUUUAACUGGUGCUUCAUGGUAGAUCAUAGAAUCUUGUGCUUUAUUUAAAUUAGCAGAAUUUUGUAUCUUAGUAUUUGGGGACUUAGAGGUAAUUACAAUGCACAUAGGAAAGUAAUGUGUUUUUAAUACCUAGAUAUGUUUCAAAUAUGUACAUAAUCCUAAAAUGUACUGUAUCAUUUCAGAUAUAUUUUUAAAGAACAAAUUAAUUUGGGUAAAUUUUAUUCAUUUCCUAACACUGUGGCAAUGAAAGGUGCUUUUGAUGUUGUGAUCCAGUGUCAUGAAUAUAUAUAGACCUAAACCUGUAUAAGCCUCUGUCCUUAUAAAGCACAUGUGUAACUUUUUGAGUUCUGCUAUAUUGUGUUUUCUUUCAAUAAAAUAUUAUAAUUA